AUGGCCAGGGCCGCGCAGAGCCGGCGGCGCCCGGGGGCCGGGAACGCCCUGCGCGCGGUGCUGCGCUGCAACCUGCCGCCCGGCGCGCAGCGCGUGGUGGUCUUCGCGGUGCUGGCGCUGCUCGUGCUCAUCAACGUCGUGCUCAUCUUCCUGCUGGCCUUCCGCUGAGCCCGCGCCCCUCCACCUGCCCAGGUGCGCCUCAAGACAGGCUCUGCUGUCAGGCCUCUCCCCAGAACUGGCCCAGAGUGGGGCCCCGGUGGCCUCUGGCCUUUCG